UCCAGUGAGAGAUAGGGGGAGUGAGGGAGAGAAGGGGGGGAAGGGAGAGAAAGGGAAGAAGAAGUAAUGGAUCAGAAAGCACCAACAACACAAAAGCCAGCUUCUAUAUGGCAUUCGGCGGCAUUCGGCGGCAUUCGCGUAGGUUGAGGAUUGGCAUCAUAUGGGAAUCGGUUUUUGCUUUAUUCACAAUUCGUUUCUUGUCCAGAUUUCACGGCAUCAUCCUUUGGAUUGGCACCUGCACUUGGUGUAUAUGUAUGCAUACAUAUAUCGUUUCGGCUUCAUUCAUUCGGUGGAGGGAUAAUCGCGGGGGACGAAAAUACAUGAGGGCGGGGCCACAGCCAAUUUAUGGCAAGUAAUAAUUGGAGUUUUGAGGGAGAUGUGUACUAGAUAGACCAGAAUGUCUGCAUUCUGUAUCUUGCACGUCUCGGUGUUUGUAUUUGUAGAUAUAGCACGAGUAAUAUCGUUCGGCGU